GCCGCUGGGGAAGAAAAAACUAAAAUAUGCAGCAAGCCAGCAACAAAGCCAAUAACUCCUUUAUGUUCGGUUUGAACAAAAUAUAGUCAAAAAAAUCAGACUUUCUUGUUCAUGUAAACUUCUUACUUCUUAGGGUUGGCUCCAUUUUCAAUAAUUUUUUCUCCACAAUCUUCCUCCAUUGUUGUUCCAACAAUUCAAUUCGUAACACACUUGAUCAUACCACAACAUUGAUCUGAGUUGCAAAAUUACUGAAUACCAAAUUUUCCAGAUUAUAACUUUUGUUUGAAUUCACAUUUACUUAAUCAAGAUGCCGAAUUUCUUGUCAACAUUGAAAACAGUUGCGAGAAACAAAAUGUUGCGACACAACAAUACUAAAACAUUCAUUCGACAUCGGAAUCAUACAAUUAACGUUGUCGAGAAUGCAAAUUAUGUUCCACUUCGAUAUUUGAGUAGCAUUGCUGGAAUUGAUUGUUUUUCUUCUAAAGAUGUAAUUCAUUGUUCUAGAAGUUUCUUCAAUCAUAAUGAGAAAUUGCAGAGGAGGUGGUUUUUAGGUUGUGGAGAUGGUCAAGAAGGAAGUGUUCUAUCUAAGGUGUAUGAGGAAAGACUUGUAAUUGGGUACUCCCCUGAGCAGCUGUUUGCUGUCGUUGCAGCUGUAGAUAUGUAUGAAGGCUUCAUACCUUGGUGUCAAAGAUCAGAAAUAAUUCGGCGUCAUCCUGAUGGAUCAUUUGAUGCUGACUUAGAGAUUGGUUUCAAAUUUUUAGUUGAGAGUUAUGUUUCCCAUGUGGUCUUGGACAAGCCAAAGUUCAUCAAGACCACCGCAUCUGAAAGCAACCUUUUUGAACACUUGAUCAACAUAUGGGAAUUCAGUCCAGGACCAACCCCGGGAACUUGUAACCUUUACUUCAUGGUUGAUUUCAAGUUCCGUUCACCACUUUACCGACAGGUGGCAUCGAUGUUCUUUAGGGAGGUGGUCUCUCGAUUGGUCAGUUCAUUCACCGACCGCUGUCGUUUGAUAUACGGCCCGGGGGAAACUGUUGAGCAUAAAGCGUAGGAUAUUGGAGUAGAUUUGGCGAUGUGUUGCAUCAGCUGUAGGCCAUUUCUAGAAAUACAGAUUCAGCAAUGUAACUCUGCUUCUCAUUCUUUAGAUUUAUGUUAAUUAGAAAAACAGCUUCUUCAAGCUUUUUAACUGAGAAACACUUUUAACAAUUUUAGGCCGUUUGACACAUAUGAAAGAGACAGCCAAGGGAGAGAAGUAGUGAAAUAGUAUUUGUUGGUCGUAGCAAUAUCAGAAAGUGUGUCAUUAUUAUAUAACAGAGGGAAUAUUACUUGCCAAAAAGAAAAGUUUACAAUAA